AUGAGAGGAUGUAAAGCGGCUCCAGCACAGAGCACCCUGCUGCUGGACUGGUUCUACAGCAGAACCAGCACAGAGCACCCUGCUGCUGGACUGGUUCCACAGCAGAACCAGCACAGAGCACCCUGCUGCUGGACUGGUUCUACAGCAGAACCAGCACAGAGCACCCUGCUGCUGGACUGGUUCCACAGCAGAACCAGCACAGAGCACCCUGCUGCUGGACUGGUUCUACAGCAGAACCACACGGUUCAGAGAGCUGGAGAAGUUCUCCUCACGUCUGUCCUCCUCCCACCUCCUCCCCCCUCCACCCCUCUCUCUCUGCAGGACCAGGACUGGGACACCACCUACCAGUUCCUGCCGGCCUCGGACACCAAGCGUCUGGAGAAGAAGCCGGGCCGCCGGAGGAAGCUGUGGAUUGGAGCGGGUCUGCUGCUGGCGGCUGCUGCUGUGGCUCUGCUCAGCGGACUGCUGGUCUGGCACUUCCACUUACGCAGUGACGUCAGAGUGAAGAAGGUUUACAUCGGCUCCAUGGGGAUCAAUAACCAGCCGUUCCUGACGGACUAUGAAGACCCCAACAGUCCCAGGUUCUCUCACCUGGCCUCUCUGGUCAGCCGGCAGCUGAAACUGAUUUACUCCACAAACUCGGUGCUGGCCAAACACUUCAAAGGCUCCACGGUCCAGGCCUUCAGUGAGGGCGACGGCGACGGCAUGGUGGCGUAUUACGAGUCAGAGUUCGAUGUCCACGUCCUCCAGCAGGCGUCGCUGGACGAAGCCAUCGAGUCUCUGGAGCCGCCGACAGGAAGUCAGCAGCGACAGGGACGAGUGCUGCUGAAACCCAAAGACGCCCUCAACGUCAACAGCGUCAUCUCACGAGCGAUAGACCCACGCAUGACCAGGAAAUCCUUUGGUGAGAAAUGUUUUGGAGUCUCACGACCUCCACGUCAGCAGAGGGGGUUCUUCCAGUCUCCCGGGUUUCCAGACUCCCCGUACCCCCCCAACGUCUACCUGCAGUGGAGGCUGAGGGCCGACCCGGGCCACCGAGUCCGCCUGGACUUCCACACUCUGAUCCUGGAGGACGACUGUCAGAAGGACUUCAUCCAGAUCUACGACUCGCUGGCUCCGAUACAGAAGAGGGUCCUGACAGAGCAGUGUGGAUACCCUCACGACUCGCUGUCCUUCCUGUCCUCUGGAAACGUCCUGCUGCUGGUUCUGAUCACCAACGACGAGAAGAACUUCCCCGGAUUCAGAGCCAACUACUCCCAGAUCCCUGUGGCUGAACAAAAGUGUGGAGGAACGCUGACUGCAGACAAAGGCUCCUUCUCUUCACCGUUCUUCCCCUCCAACUAUCCUCCACAAACCACAUGUGUCUGGAACAUCGAGGCCUCAAAAGAAAAGUUUUUGAAGGUUCAGUUCAAGAAGUUCUUCUUGGGAAACUACAGCAGCCAGUGCCGCAAUGAUUAUGUUGACGUCAACGGUCAAAGAAUGUGUGGCAGAAAACCAAACGGCAACGUGGUCACCAGCCGAAGCAACAAGAUGACCAUCACAUUUAACUCGGACUCGACCUUCGUUGACCAGGGCUUCACCGCCGAGUACGAGGCCUUUGUCCCAAAUAAUCCUUGUCCUGGAAGGUUCCAGUGCACCAGCAACCUGUGCAUCAACAAGACUCUGCAGUGUGACGGCUGGAACGAUUGUGGAGACGGCAGCGACGAGGACGGCUGCAAGUGUGAGGCGAUUCAGAUGAAGUGUAGAAAUGGUCGCUGCAAACCAAAGUUCUGGGAGUGCGACGGGUUUGACGACUGCGGAGACGACACCGACGAGGAAAACUGUGUAAAAUGCAAAACAGGAGAGUUUUCCUGCAGAAACAACCUCUGCAUCCCAGAGAAGUUAAAGUGCAACGGGGAGGACGACUGCUCGGACGGCUCGGAUGAGUCUACAUGUGAGAAAUCUCUGGUGCUUCAGAAGUGUUCAGAGUUCACCUUCCGCUGCAGGAACGGACGCUGCAUCAGUAAACUGAACCCGGAGUGUGACGGAGAGACGGACUGUGAGGACGGCUCUGAUGAGGACAACUGCCAGUGCGGGACGAAGCCGUACCGGAGCUCUCGUAUCGUGGGCGGUCAGGAGUCCCGGGAGGGCGAGUGGCCGUGGCAGGUCAGCCUCCACAUCAAAGGCACCGGUCACGUGUGUGGAGCGUCGGUGUUGAGUAACCGCUGGCUGCUGACCGCCGCUCACUGCGUCCAGGACAGCGGACCAAACAAGUACUCGCAGGCGGACCAAUGGGAGGCCUUGCUGGGUCUGCAUGUGCAGAGUCAGACCAACGAGUGGACGGUGAGGAGGAACCUGAGGCGGAUUGUCGCUCACCGGGACUACAACACCUUCACCUACGACAACGACAUCGCUCUGAUGGAGCUGGACGCCAACGUCACCCUCAACCAGAACAUCUGGCCCAUCUGUCUGCCCUCCGCCACCUACGACUUCCCAGCAGGCCAAGAGGCGUGGAUCACCGGCUGGGGGGCCACUAGAGAGGGAGGCCUGGCUGCCACCAUCCUGCAGAAGGCUGAGGUCCGGGUCAUCAACAGCACGGUGUGUAAGAGUCUGAUGGACGACGAGGUCACCAGCAGGAUGAUGUGUGCCGGCGUCCUCAAAGGAGGCGUGGACGCCUGUCAGGGCGACUCCGGCGGCCCGCUGUCCGUCACCACCCCCAGUGGGCGGGUCUUCCUGGCCGGCGUGGUGAGCUGGGGCGACGGCUGCGCUCGCAGGAAUAGACCCGGCGUCUACGCCCGAAUCACCAAAUACCGAAGCUGGAUUAAGGAGAACUCGGGAGUGUAGGGUUCUCUGGAGGACGGGUAUCUCUCACGGAUAUUUCUGACUGGAGCUGAAAGUGACUGUUUCUAUUGAUACUCAAAGCAGAAUCUGUGAAUCCAACAUUCAUUUUAAAGUAUUUUUAAGUUCACAAAUCAUCUAUGAACCAACGAAGCA